UACACCGGGGCUGCAUCCUUCUUAUACGAGAGAGUUUCUUCUAACGAGAUGGCUGGUAAAUGUGGCCCAGCCUUCGACGAUCCAAUGGAGGAUAUCUUGAAUAGCUACCGAGAAUUGGCUUUGCGUCUGUCUAUCCACGAGGGGAUGAGAACGUACCAGGAUGCUAUAAAAGCAGGUAAUAAGCCAGGGGCCCUGACUGCUCAACAAAAUGUUAGUUACACGAGCCAUCAAUAUCUCACGGAGUACGCCGCCAACAAGCCAGGCCUCGCCUUAGCGGUAACGUUCAGUCUUUUCGGCCCCAUUGCCAUCUUCUUCCUCUUCCAGGGCUGGCAAACUCUCGGAAGAAGAUUUUCCUUCAGCCCAUUCGAGCUGGCCAACUCUCUCCUUCUUCGGUCACCACUGCCUUCGUCGUCAUCACGGUCCACCAGCAGUGAUGACGACUCUAUCUUUGAACUAAAGCAACGACAACAUCAACUGUCUUCGCUUCUUGCUAACUGCAGUAGUAACGCCUCGGCUGAGCAACUAGUUGAGCCAAUUCGUCAAAGGGCAGGUCAGGGUGGUGAUGGCGAGCAGGAUACGAAGUCCAAGGAGCCAGUCGUGCAGUAUGGAGUGCUUGACGGUACGGGCCUGCUUGGGUUUGCUAUCUCGGAUGCGAAUGGCGUUGUUCACGCUCGGGAACCGAGAGUGGGAGAGAUGCUAUGA